CAUGAUAGUGGCCCCUGGAAUGUGGGCUAGAAAGAUAACAGCAUGCAGGUUGGGCCAGGGACUAACGCUCUCUGUUCUCCUCAGUAGUUUUCUCGCACUGCUUCUGUGAGCCAGCUCAAGCUUCCAGGAUGUAUGAGAAAAUAACAAUUUCAGCACUAUUGUCAGCUUAUAUUUUUACAUCAGCUUCCAUCCUUGCAACUUCACCUACAAGUUUUACAUUUCCUGAAUUAACAACAGAAGCAGAUAUAGGUCAGUCCACUCCUUCAAUGAAAACUGGAGAAGUUGCUGUGACUUCAGACACUCCCUUCUCUUUGGGGCCAUCAGCACCAAGAUCUCAACUUGUUCACAUAUUCUCAGAACCAGUGAUAAUAGCUAUUGUCUUGGGGGUGAUAGCUGCUAUUGUUGGAAUUAUCCUCUCUUUUGCUGUCUGUAUCCGGCUACUGACAAGGACAUCUCCAGUUACCAAGCCACCUCCCUUGGAAGACACAGGCGAACAUUUAAGUACUGUGGAAGUAGAAUACACAGAAGGCUUUACAGAAGAACAUAAACACGCCUUUACAGAAGAACAUAAACAUGACUUUACAGAAGAACAUAAACACGACUUUACAGAAGAACAUAAACACGACUUUACAGAAGAAGAUAAACAUGGCUUUACAGAAGAGAAUGAGAAUCAGUAAGAACACGCUCAUCAAGAAAAAUUGUUCAAGAACUCAACAAAGACCCAAGUCGUUAGUCAGUCAAAAAAAUGAACUUUUGAAUUGGAUACUUCAAUAAAUUUUGUACCUGCCUAAGUUGUGCUACUCCAGGAAACAAAUUUCACUAUAGUGAGUUCCAAAGACUCAACCAUGGAAAAAUAUCUCUGAUCAGUAAUGCUUCAAGAUAAAGAACAUGCAUUUCCUCACUUGCUUGUCAUUUUGUUAGCAUAAGUUUUCAAUUGUUGAUUAGAAAUUUUGACUCAAAAUUUCAGUUGAAUCCAUCUGUUUUAUUCUAUUCUAUUGUAUUUUAGUAAUGGUGCUGUAAAAUGUAGGGCUUAUGACAUCUCCAUGCAAUCUAAAUUCUCUUCUUAUUCUAUUUUUUUAAGUUCUCCUUUAUGAUUUUAAAUAAGUUAGAGGGACAUUUAUUAAAAGAAUUCAUUUUCCUUAUGGUUCAACAGGCACGAUAUUGUAUUACCCUAGAGAUGGUGACAUUUCGUUUCUACUGAUAAAACUUGUGAUUGAAAAUGCCGUAAAUAAAAUAGCAUAGAAUGGUACCUACAUUCAUUGCUUAGUGCAUCAACCAACACAAAAGUUGCAUUUAAAAGGUGAGACAUUGACUAUAUACAAUUGGCCCAUGUAAAAUAAUACAUUUGGCAGUUCCACUGAAAAAGUUAUUUACAUAAGUGGGCAGAGUAUCCUGAAUAAGAAAAAGGAUUAAUAACUUACAAAAGAACUUUAACAACUUGAAGGGCACCAACAUGUACAAACUACAUACAGGAGGAUAUCUUAGUAGGUCAUUUUGUGUUUUUAAUUAAAUUCUUUAGUGCAUCCAGACCUACUCUACUUUCUCAUACUGAUAAAACUUUAGAAACUGUUUUAAAUGAUACAAAUGAAGUUUCCAGAUAUUAGAGACUAACUCAUUACAACUGUUACUCAUUUGUAAAGACAUUUAAUAUAGAUAUAUAUAUUGUUACAAAAAAGAAAUUCAUGUGAUAUUGUAUUUCCCAUAUGCUUUCCAUUGUUGUGUGAUAAUUAAAUAAUUACAUGUAUAUAUUUGGGUCUAGAAAGAAAUUUAAUCCUAAGAAAAUUAAAAACUCUAAAUCUUACCAUAGUUGUAUAUUCAGGGAACAUUUUUGUAUCAAAUUCCUAUUUAAAAUAAAGACUCAAAGUGAGAAGAGAACAUUUCCAUUAGAAUGUUUUCAAAAAGUAGCUUGAAAAUAAAUUAUUAGAUUAAUUUAAUCCAAUAAAUGAUCUAAGUACAAAGGUAAUUUUAAUUGUACUUUUUUCAAUAAACAUAAAAUGUUAAGUUGAGGACAAGAGACUAAUCUUGUCUCUACAGUAAUUUACAAGUCAAAACCAGCAAAGAGAUUAGCAGACUACACACUGUCAAACAAAGCUACAGAAUUUCUAGGGUAAUUAAAUUACAAAUUGCUUUAAUUUCUUUGAACUUUUCCUGAUACUUCCUCUGUACUUCUCUAUGUAGACUUGCUAAAUUUAAAUUUGGUAUUUGUGGGAAGAAAUGACCUUUAUUCUCUUUGUAUUUUUAAAAUAAUUAAAUAAAAAAAUUAAUAAAGAAAUCUAUCUUGUGAA